AUGGGUCGGAAAAGCCAGAAGAAACGGCGAGGCGCCGCCUCGGAGCUCCGGCGAGUGAUCACCUUCGAUGAGGAGAGUCGGCGGGAAUAUCUGACAGGAUUCCACAAGCGAAAGGUUGAGAGGAGGAAAAUAGCUGUGGAGGAGAUAAAGCGCAAACUGAAGGAGGAGCAACAGAAGAUGAAGGAAGAGCGCCACAAGGAAUACAUGAAGAUGCUGAAGGAGAGAGAGGAAGCCUUAGAUGAGGCUGACCAGUUGGAGUAUAUGGUGACCUCGCAGAAGGAGUUGGUGAGCUACGAUCACCCAAACCACACGGUUACCGUUACUACGGUCAGUGACCUGGACCUCUCGGGCGCGCACCUGUUGGGGCUAGAUGCUCAAGAGGAAGAUACUGAGCCGAAAGGAGAUGAUGUCCCAGAAUCCACAUGCACAUUGCCUAAGAAAUCCAGAGACCCUUUCCUGUCUCAGAGGAUCUCCUCACUCACUGCCUCGCUGCAUACUCGUAGUCAGAAAAAGACCAAAGGCAGGCAGGCCAGGCACAGUCAAGGAGCAAAGAAGAGAGCCCAGAAGCCAAGCACAGGCCGAACCAGCAGGUCCCUGCGUCGAAAAAUGACGGGCAAAGGCCAACGUGUUCAAGACUGACGAACAAGAGGAAAGGAAGGUAGUGGCUUG